AUGGUUGAUUUGAUCGAAGAGUCAUCGCAUAAUCAAAUAGGGAAUGUUUCAGCUGAGGAAAUGGACGAAUUGUUAGUUGAUAGUGAUGGCAAUGAUGUUGAAAACCUAUUACUGAAUAGUACAGGAAGUAUCGGUCGGGUUAAUUUCGUAGGUUUGAGCGUUGAUGCUGCUAAGAAGUAUGUAUUUUCAGACCUUGAUAUUGCGUAUGCUUUUUACAAUGCAUUUGGGAGGGUCAAUAGAUUUUCAAUUAGGAAGUUCAAGGUUGGGCGAAGUGAGAUUGAUAAGCGCAUACUCUGGCAAACAUUUGUGUGUUCGAGAGAAGGAUAUCGUAUUUUCAGAUGGGUUGAUGAAACAAAUAGGAAGAGAGCUCCAAAGCCAGAGACUAGGUGUGGGUGUGUAGCACAAAUGCGCGUUCACAUAGAUGUUGGUAGGGACUGGUGGUAUACAACAUUAUUUCAAAAUGAACAUAAUCAUGAGUUAGUACCGCCAACUUUGAGCCGGCUGCUGAGAUCGCAACGGAGAAUGACUGAUCAAGAAAUUCAAAGAAUGAACAACAUGAGAGAUGCUGGAAUUUCCACAACCCAAAUCUAUAUGCAAUUUGCCGAGCAAUCUGGUGGUUUUGAGAAUGUUAGAUUUCGAAGAACAGACAUGUACAACCAAAUAGAAAAGCAAAGGCAAUUGAUGGAAAGUGAUGUGACCGAAACGUUGAAGUACCUAAAGAAGCGGAAGAAAUUAGAUCCAAAGUUUUACUGGAGCUACGAGGUGGAUAAUAAUAGUGUGUUUCGGCACCUAAUCUGGAUGGACGGGAAGAGUCGUGUUGACUUUGAAGUAUUUGGUGAUGUUAUGGCCUUUGAUGCAACUUACAAGAAAAAUAAGUACAAGUUUCCAUUGGUAGUUUUCUCAGGAGUGAACCAUCACCUUCAAACAAUAGUUUUUGGCAGUGCAAUUGUGGCUGAUGAAGGAGAAGGAACUUACAUAUGGCUGUUACAGAGAUUCGUGGAAGCAAUGAAUGGAAAACGACCAAAUGCUGUGAUAACUGAUGGUGCCAAGGCUAUGAAGCUUGCAAUUGAAAAGGUCUUUCCAGAUGCACAUCAUAGGUUGUGCGGAUGGCAUUUGUUAAGAAAUGCCACAUCCAAUGUCUCCAACCCCAAGUUUACCCAACAAUUCAGGAAAUGCAUGCUUGGCGAUUAUGAGAUUGAUGAGUUUGAGGAGAGGUGGGCGUCAAUGGUGAAUAGUUUUGGGGUUAAGAACAUGGAGUGGGUUGAGACCACUUAUGGGAUUAAAGAUAUGUGGGCUACAGCACAUAUGAGAGGCAAAUUCUUUGCCGGGUUGAGAACUACAUCGAGGUGUGAGGCACUACAUUCGCAAGUUGCUAGGUUUGUAAAAUCUGGCUAUAGCAUUAAGGAAUUCCUCCAUCACUUCCGCCGGUGGAUGGGUUUGUUGCGGAAUAAUGAGGCUGAGGCUGACUAUUACACCUCAUACGGGUUUCCGAUAAUGCAAACACAGGUGCAAGCAUUGGAGCGAUCAGGAGCAAGUGUUUAUACAAGGGAGGUGUUCUACUUGUUUCGAUCAUUAUUGUUGAAAGCGUCAAGUGUGAUAAUAGUUGAUUGGCGAGAGACUUCAUGUAGUGUGAACUAUGAUGUACGAAAAUAUUGUGAGUUAACACGAAAAUGGGUUGUAUCUUAUUGGCCUGGUAGCAGUGAGUUUAGGUGUUCAUGUCAACGAAUGGAAUCAUUUGGCAUUCCAUGUGUUCAUAUCAUUCGUCUGUUGAUAUAUCUUCAAAUUACAGAGUUACCUGAGUCACUGAUAUUGAAGCGGUGGACCAUGAAAGCAAAAGAGGCUCAUAUAAGGUUGGAGCAGCAGGGAUCGUUAGUUGGAGAUGGAAGUUAUGAGAGUAGGAUUGCUGCUAUGAAUGAUGAGCUGGAGGGCUUGCCAUUUGCUGCUUGCGGAGAUUUAAGUGAUUUUAAGGAUGUUAUGGAGUGGGUCAGAAACAAAAAGGCUGAAUUAUUUGCCAAACAUAAAAAGAAUAGAGAGGGAAGUUCUAAAAGUGCGGGUGAGAAAUUCAAAACAUGGACGGAUGCUACUUCAAAAGAAUCUAGGGACAAAAAGAAAAGGCGAAGGAUCCGGUGCAGCAGAUGUAACGGUAUAGGACACAAUCGGCGAAAUUGUCGCCGUGGAGAUGAACAUAAUCAAAUGGAAAGUGGAGAUGAAGGAGGUUCCGAAGAUGAUGACGAUUGGUCUAGUCAAACCAGUGAGGAGGAGAUCGAUGAAAUGGAUUUUGAUGUGACCAUUGCUAAUCAGAAAGGCAAAUAUCAUUAGCUAUAGAGGUCUAGCCUUUGAUGAAAGAUGAAUAUGGA